GGGAGAGAGAGGGGCGAAGCGGCGCGGCCCAGGCCGGCGGCGCUGGGAAAAUGGCGGUGCGGAAGAAGGACGGCGGCCCCAACGUCAAGUACUACGAGGCCUCGGACACCGUUAGCCAGUUCGACAGCGCGCGUGUCUGGCUGGGCAAGAACUACAAGAAGUACAUCCAAGCAGAACCACCUACCAAUAAGUCAUUAUCCGGCCUAGUUGUGCAACUGCUCCAGUUCCAAGAAGAGGUAUUUGGAAAGCAUGUCAGCAAUGCACCGCUCACAAAGUUACCGAUCAAAUGCUUCUUAGAUUUCAAAGCUGGUGGUGCCUUGUGUCACAUCCUUGCAGCAGCCUAUAAAUCCAAGAGUGACCAAGGAUGGCGGCGUUUCGAUUUCCAGAAUCCAUCCCGGAUGGAUCGCAAUGUGGAGAUGUUCAUGAGCAUUGAAAAAUCUUUGGUGCAGAACAAUUGCCUUUCCCGACCUAACAUCUAUUUGCACCCAGACAUUGACCCUAAAUUGCAAGCCAAACUCAAAGACAUCAUCAAACGACACCAGGGAACUGUAACUGAAGAUAAGAGCAAUGCUUCCCAUACCGUCUUCCCAGUUCCUGGUAGCCUAGAGGAAGAAGAGUGGGUUCGGCCAAUUAUGAAGAGAGACAAACAGGUCCUUCUGCACUGGGGCUACUAUCCUGACAGUUAUGACACCUGGAUCCCAGCAAGUGAAAUUGAAGCCCCUGUGGAGGAUGCCCCCACACCUGAGAAACCCCGCAAGGUUCAUGCUAAGUGGAUCCUGGACACAGACACUUUUAAUGAGUGGAUGAAUGAAGAAGACUACGAGGUAAAUGAUGAAAAGAGCCCCGUCUCCCGUAGGAAGAAAAUCUCCGCCAAGACUCUCACAGAUGAGGUUAACAGUCCUGACUCGGACCGACGGGACAAGAAGGGGGGAAACUAUAAGAAAAGGAAGCGUUCUCCCUCCCCUUCACCUACUCCAGAAGCUAAGAAGAAGAAUGCCAAGAAAGGUCCUUCCACGCCCUACACGAAAUCCAAGCGUGGCCAUCGUGAGGAGGAGCAGGAAGACCUCACUAAAGACAUGGAUGAGCCUUCUCCUGUCCCCAAUGUUGAAGAAGUCACACUACCAAAAACAGUCAACACCAAGAAAGACUCCGAAUCUGCUCCUGUGAAGGGUGGCACCAUGACAGAUUUGGAUGAGCCAGAGGAUGAGAGCAUGGAGACUGCAGGCAAAGAUGAAGAGGAAAACAAUGCCGGGAACAAAGGAGAACAGACAAAGAACCCCGACCUGCAUGAAGACAACGUGACCGAGCAAACUCAUCACAUUAUCAUUCCCAGCUAUGCGGCCUGGUUCGACUAUAACAGUGUGCACGCCAUUGAGCGGAGAGCCCUCCCAGAGUUUUUCAAUGGCAAGAACAAGUCAAAGACUCCAGAAAUCUAUUUGGCAUACCGUAAUUUCAUGAUUGACACGUACCGGCUGAAUCCACAGGAGUACCUAACCUCAACUGCCUGCCGUCGGAACCUGGCAGGGGAUGUCUGUGCUAUCAUGAGAGUCCAUGCCUUCUUGGAGCAAUGGGGACUUAUUAAUUACCAAGUAGACGCAGAGAGCCGGCCGACCCCAAUGGGACCACCACCUACGUCUCAUUUCCAUGUUCUGGCUGACACUCCUUCGGGAUUGGUGCCGUUGCAGCCCAAAACACCCCAGGGGCGUCAGAGCGAUAGCGACACCAAGGCUGGACGGAAGAGCAAGGAGAUUGAGGACCUUGUCACUGAGACGGUGAAAGGGAAACCAGAGAUGCAAACCACAGCUUCCCAGCAGAUGCUGAACUUCCCUGACAAGAGCAAGGAGAAGCCACCAGACAUGCAAAACUUUGGACUUCGUACUGAUAUGUACACUAAGAAAAAUGCUCCUUCCAAGAGCAAAGCUGCUGCCAGUGCUACCCGUGAGUGGACAGAGCAGGAGACAUUGUUGCUGCUGGAGGCCCUGGAGAUGUACAAGGAUGACUGGAACAAGGUUUCUGAGCACGUGGGCAGCCGCACCCAAGACGAGUGCAUCCUGCACUUCUUGCGUCUUCCCAUUGAGGACCCUUACCUGGAGGACUCUGAGGCCUCCCUCGGCCCCCUCGCCUACCAACCCAUCCCCUUCAGCCAGUCGGGAAACCCUGUCAUGAGCACCGUGGCCUUCCUGGCCUCCGUGGUAGACCCUCGCGUGGCAUCGGCGGCAGCCAAGUCAGCCCUAGAGGAGUUCUCCAAGAUGAAGGAGGAGGUGCCCACGGCCUUGGUCGAAGCUCAUGUCCGCAAGGUGGAGGAAGCUGCCAAGGUGACAGGCAAGGCAGACCCGGCGUUUGGUCUGGAGAGCAGUGGAAUUGCAGGGACCACCUCCGAUGAGCUGGAAAGAAUAGGUGAGGGGGGCGAGCGGGGCGCCUUCCGCGCUUCAGCCCGUGAAGCGCCCUCGUUGGACCUCGCCCAGUGUGCGGUGGGGACUAAGAAGGGUGCCGAGACGCAGGAGACCAGAGCCGGCCUGGCUUCCGGCCUGGAGCUCUCACUGAAUCGCCUGGCACAGGAAGAAAGCUGCACAGAUGAGAACCGGGCAGAACCGCCACCGUCCGAGGAGAAGAAAGAGGUGAAGGAACAAAGAGAAGGAGCCCUGGAGGAAGAAGCGAAGGAGAAACUUGGAGAGGUCCCUAGGAAAGAGGAGGAGAAAAGCAAAGAGGCUGAUGGCGAGAAGGAGAUGGACAAAAGUGAUGGGGACACCGUGGCUGAUGGAGAAAAAGAGAAAGAACCCAAGGAUGGUCAGGAAGAGGGACCCAAGGAUCUUGCAGAGACUGAGGGUGAGCGGAAGACCAAGGUGGAAAGGGACAUUGGCGAAGGUAAUCUCUCCACUGCAGCCGCUGCUGCUUUGGCUGCUGCAGCAGUAAAAGCAAAGCACUUAGCUGCAGUGGAAGAGCGUAAAAUCAAGUCACUGGUUGCCUUGCUGGUGGAGACACAGAUGAAGAAGCUUGAGAUCAAGUUAAGGCACUUUGAGGAGCUGGAAACCAUCAUGGAUCGGGAACGAGAGGCACUCGAGUACCAGAGGCAGCAGCUUCUAGCUGACCGACAGGCCUUCCACAUGGAGCAGCUCAAGUACGCCGAGAUGCGCGCUCGCCAGCAGCAUUUCCAGCAGAUGCACCAGCAGCAGCAGCAACAGCCGCCGCCGCCACCGUCUCUCCCCGUGGGCUCCCAGCCCCUUCCUUCGUCAGGGGCUCCCCUGGCACCGGCUGCUCACUCCAUGCCCAUCUCCCAGACCUCUGUGCCAGCUGCCAGCAACGUAGGACAGCCCAGCAGUAUGGCUCAAACGGAGCAGAUUGGGCAGCCGGUGGCAGUGCCGCCACAGCAGACAGCAGCCGGAGCUCCGCAGACUGGCCCAGGUCAAACUGGACAGCCUUCCGCAAGUUCCCAUGCCCAGCCUCCGUUCCCCAGCCAGCAGCCAUCGUCCCAGAUUCUCCCCGGGGCAGCCCCAACAACCGUUCACCCUGCCAUGGCUGGUAAUAUCCCCUCGGCUCUGCCUUUUGGAAUGCCUGCCUCCAUCCCAUUUAGCAUGGCUAGUAAUGUAACAGACUCCAUCGGCAUUAACUUCCCUGCUAACCCGCCCAUCCAUCCAGUGCAUGGUAACCUUGCGUGCAGCAUGGCUAAUCCGCCCGUCAUCAACGUCUCUAGCACCCUGCACCCUUCUGCUGCUCCGCUGCCUCACGGUUCUGCAGCUGCCCAGAGCCCAGCUAUUGUGGCUGCCAUGCAGGGCAGCCUCCUUCCAAAUGCUGGUCUUGGAUCAGAUCAAGGACCUUCACUGCAACCGGAUCCUAUCACUCCCAGCCCCAGCACGGCCACACCGGUCCCACCCACACAGUGAGAAGCUAUAAGCUGCUCUUCUUGAUGCCUCCUGGAUGAGCCCUCACCACUAGGAAGGACAGGAAACCCCAAAUCGUGUUAAACAUGGAUUCUGUUUGGGUGGGUUUUUAAAAGGCUUAAAAAACGGUGAUCCAAGGCGGAAGAGGAUUUGGCUCUGUUGACUCCCUUCCCCUGUGUUUCUCUGCCCCAUCCUAUGUCCCCCCCCCAAAUGCUUUUUUUGUAUCCAGUCGUACCAAGACUUUUUAUUUAAAGGUGUUUCUAAUUGGUGGGGGUGGGGGAGGGGGGGCAAGAAUCUUAUCUCCAAGCAGCCACUGCUAUUUAUAGAGGGCUUUGAUUUUAAACCUGGUUGAAAAGGGAGUUUAACUCCCCCUUGUAUGUGUCUGUCUCGCUCUUUUUUUUAAAACAAUAAAGAAAAAUUACAACAAA